AUGAAGGUCUUCGUCACCGGUGCGACAGGCUACAUCGGCCUUCCUGUGGUCCGGCAGUUACUUGAGCAUGGCCAUGAGGUUCUUGGCCUCGCCAGAAGCAAUAAGAGCGCACAAUUGCUAGAAUCAAUGGGUGCACAGGCGCACCACGGCACCCUAGAUGACUAUGAGUCUCUCGCUAAAGCUGCUGCCAUCUCCGAUGGCAUCAUUCACCUCGGCUUCAAGCAUGAGCAGAUAGCCGACAAGCCCAAGGAGGGGGUUGACUAUGCUAGUCUCUGUGCGGAUGAUCGCGCCGCUGCUACCGCGAUGUUGAAAGCAAUGGAAGGAACAAACAAGCCCUUUGUGUUUACGUCGGGCACACUCAUGAUGGCGCGUGGCAAGCUGGCUCUUGAAGACGACGGACCUGACAUGGAGCAUCCGGUGAGCCGCAUUCGCGGCGUAAAUGAAGCGGUCGUUCUGAGCUUCGCGAAGAAAGGAGUUCGUGCCAUAGUUAUGCGGGUGCCACCCUUCAAUCAUGCGAAAGGAGAUAAAUAUUCUAUUGGCAUGCUAGCUGCCAAAGCGAAGGAGUUUGGCAUCUCGGCGUAUGUCAAUGAUGGAGAGAACCGGUGGCCAGCAAUCCACCUGCUUGACGAAGCUGUUUUGUUCCGCCUGGCAUUGGAGAAAGGUAUAGCUGGGUCAGUUUACCAUGCCGCUGCAGAGGAAGGGGUUCGACUUAAGGAUGUUGCUGCUGCGCUUGGCAAGAUGCUGCAAAUUCCUGUCGUCAGCAAGCCGCUGGACGAAGCUCAGACGUACUUCGGAUUCAUGGCAUUUGCGCUUCAUGAGGAUAACCCAACUUCAAGUACGAAAACGAGGGCUGAGCUUGGGUGGACUCCGACACAACCAACGCUGUUAGAGGAUGUCGAGACUGGGCUAUUUACCAGCAGCUGA